CUGUCCGUGCUGGAUUGAGACCAUGUGUGUGGAUUCUUUGAAGUAAAACAUGUUUUGGCCACAAUGGGUUAUACCUUUGGUGAUCAAGGGAGUGAAUCUUUUCGUAUCACUGGAUUCAAAAUGGAUUCUCGGUUCAGCACGUAUGGGCGCUACUUUCACGAUCUGCUCCGUUCCACUGUGCACAAAGUGUGGAAAAUGAUUGCCUGAAAGCAGGGCAGAGUGUGUAUAGGUUUAUGUUGUUUCUAUAUUUGAAGAAGUUGUAUCAACCCACUGCAGAAAUGUAAACGCACCAAGGCAAAACUAAGGCAAGAGAAAAUAAUACAUAAUUGAUUCGAUUCUUUGGAAGUUGUGAAUCAUGAUAAGAAUCUCAAUUAGAUUUCUUUCCCCCCCAUCCCAGGGGCGGUCACAUCAAAUGUUAUUGUCUUGCCCACACUCAUCCUCCCCCUCCCUCCCUUCUCUCUCUCUCUCUCUCUCUCUCUCUCUGGCAGGUUGGUGGUUUGUGAGCACAGUGGAGGAGCAGGGAUGGGUCCCGGCUACAUACCUCGACUCCCAGAGUGGAACCAAGGAUGACCUGGAUCUGGGGACCUCCAGGACUGGAGAAGUUACUAAACGACGCAAAGCCCACCUGAGGAGGCUGGACCGCCGCUGGACCCUGGGGGGCAUAGUCAACCGCCAGCAGAGCCGAGAAGAGAAGUAUGUGACGAUCCAGCCGUACACCAGCCAGGGGAAGGACGAGGUGAGCUUUGAAAAAGGGGUCACCGUGGAGGUCAUCCAGAAGAACCUGGAGGGCUGGUGGUAUGUGAGGUACCUGGGGAAGGAGGGCUGGGCGCCGGCGUCCUACCUGAAGAAGGUGAAGGAGGACUUCUCCUCGCCGCGCAAGAAGACCCUCACCGGCCCCGUGGAGAUCAUCGGCAACAUCAUGGAGAUCAGCAACCUGCUGCAGAAGAAGUCCGUCAGCGAGAAGGACAUCCAGACGGACGAGGAGGGCGGCGGCGGCGGUGGCGGCAGCGGUAGCGGAGGGGGAGGGGGAGGGGCCACGCCCGAGCGCCACUUUGCCAAGAGCGAGAUCAGCCUGCCCAUGCCAGUCAGCGGGGAGCUGAACGCGGAGACGGGCCGGCGGCUGAGCUCGGGCUCGGGCUACGGCUCCAACAGCCCCUGCCUGGGGCUCCUGAUGGGGGCCAGCGCCUCCCUGAACGAGAGCAAGGCCCGGGCGGAGCCGGGGUCCCCCGCCGUUGCCCGGGUGGCCCCCCGCAGGGUGGAGGUCGGGGGAUCUCCAAACCUCCGACAGAAGCCUCCUCCAAGAAGAGACACUAACCUGGGAUUCCAGUUACCCAAGCCACCAGAGCCCCCUGCUGUGGAAGCAGAGUACUACACCAUCGCUGAGUUCCAGUCCUCCAUCUCCGAUGGCAUCAGUUUCCGUGGAGGACAAAAGGCUGAUGUGAUCGAGAAGAACUCCGGGGGCUGGUGGUACGUCCAGAUCGGGGAGAUGGAGGGCUGGGCCCCUUGCUCCUACAUAGACAAGAGGAAGAAGCCCAACCUCAACCGCCGCACCAGCACCCUCACCCGGCCCAAGGUCCCGCCCCCCGCCCCGCCCGUCAAAAAGGCCGACCCGGACGAGAAACCCGUCUCCGCGACCCCCGCCGCCAAAGCCUCGGAGCCCCCCGCCCGGCCCGCAUACGAGGAACCCCUGUACGACAUCCCCGCCGUCGGCUGCGAGGGCGAGGCGGUCGCGGACCCGCCGAAAGACGAGCGCCCCCCGGAGGUGAAGAGGAACAGCGUGGCGGGGAACAAGUACCGCGGCUCGCCCCCUACCUCCCGAGCCGCCGCCCCGCCGCCCAUCUGCAAGGCGUCGCCGGUGUUCAACCGCCGCCGGUCCUCCAUGAGGUCCUCGGAGGAGGCGCUCGCCAAGGAGGAGUGCAUCUACGAGAACGACGGCUUCCGGGCCAGCAGCGCGGACGAGGCGACCUCCUCGGCCAAGAGCUCCGGCGGGCACCACCACCACCACCACCACCACCACUCCCCGAGGAGCUACCACUCCUCCACCGUCCCCCGCAAACCAUCCGGCUCCUCCCCCUUGCCAGGGAGGACCAUGAAGACGGUGACGCCCGAGCUGACCCGAAGGAGCCAGACGCUGGGCCGGCACAUGGACCACAGCCCCCGGUCCUCCUCGGACGAGUCGGGGCGGAGCCACGCGAAAGGGGUCAGCUUCAGCCGGGACGUGGAGCAUCGGAUCGGCCAGAGCCCGUCCACCAAGCCCAAGCCCUCGGUGCGACCCAAGCCGCUGCUGGCCAAGUCGGAGCCCCAGGGGCCCGACCGGAUGGACAUCGGCUCGCUGCGGCGACAGCUGAGGCCCGCCGGGGGCGGGGGCCAGCCGCGGCACAGUCUCAAGCCCUCGCGCGGCGAGGACUCGGAGACGGCGUCGGUGGUCUCCUCGGAGGACUCCCUGUGCUCCCGCAGCACCUCGGACCUGUCCUCCGUCUACUCCAAGGGGAGCCACGGGGACUCGGACCUGGAGGGCCCCAGCCUCUACCGGUCCCUGGACGCCUACCAGAAGGUGCAGGACUCGGAGAUCAGCUUCCCCUCGGGGGUGGAGCUGGAGGUGGUGGAGAAGCAGGAGAGCGGCUGGUGGUACGUGCGCCGGAACGCGGAGGAAGGCUGGGCUCCCUCCUACUUCCUGGAGCCCGUGCGGCACCCGGUGGACGUGGGCGGGAGGAAGGAGUCGGACCGGCACCGGAGCGGCGGGAGCAGCAAGUCCAACAGCCUGGAGAAGAACGAGCAGCGCGUCCUGGUCCUGAACAACAUCAACCUGCAGGGCAUGAACCAGCAGCACCAGGUGCUGCGGAGAAGCAGCCCCCCCAUCCCCUCCAAGCCGCCCGGGGGCUUCUCCAAGCCGUCGGGGCUGGUGAACGGCGGGGUGCGCAUGAGGAACGGCGUGCGGCAGGUGACGGUGAGGCCUCAGUCGGUGUUCGUGACCGCCUCGCCGCCCGGCAAGGACUCCCACUACACGACGGGGUCCCUGAGACGGAACGAGUCCCUGGGCCGGAGCGACCACUACCGCUCCGGGUCGGCCACCCUCGGCGUGCGCAGGAACGCCUCGUUCAGCACGGUGCGGCCGCACGUGGUGGUGGAGAGCCAGCCGCGGCCGGACGAGCGCGGGGGCCUGGGUUCCUCGGGCGGCGGCGGCGGCGGGUUCGGGGGCAGCAGCUCCGCCCAGGACGCCCUGGGUCGGGCGGCGGGCCAGAGGAACGGCCUCCCCGUGUCGGCGGUCCGGCCCAAGCCCAUCGACAAGAGCCAGCUGAUCCACAACAACCUCGGCCGGGACGUGUACGUGUCCAUCGCCGACUACGGCGGCGACGAGGAGACCAUGGGCUUCUCCGAGGGCACCUACCUGGAGGUACUGGAGAGGAACCCAAACGGGUGGUGGUACUGCCAGGUGCAGGACGACCACGUCCCGCGCAAGGGCUGGGUCCCCUCCAACUACCUAGAGCGUAAGAAAUGAGAGCAAGCCCCAUCCCAGGAAAGGGUCUCCAGCAAUCUCUCUUGCCCCCUUGCCCCUGCCCCCCAUUCCAUCCCACCAACGGGUGGUGCCUCCAGGCAAAUCGCCGGCAUCAUUCUUAAAGAAUGUUACCCCAAGAAAUUCCCCUAAGCAAUACACCCCGACUCUGAAGGAGACUGUAGAAAAACAAAAGAUGAUGUUUCAUGUCUUAGGGAGAGACCCUAUUAGAGCUGGUUUACUGAGAUCUGUACCCGCCGAAGUCUAGAACAAACGUUUUGGAAGUGGACGAGAAGUGAACCUUUAUGAAUGGACACAUGAGAUUAGAUGACAGGUCUUUUGAAUACCGAACGGUGUAACUGGGCACGGCGGCCUCUGAAAGGGGCUGCCAUGGGUUGACGCUGAAUUUAGCAGGGUACGGCUAGUGUUGUUCGUGCCCACCUGUGACUGAUGCCAAAUUAGUGCCUUUGGUGUGUGAUCAUCUGAAUGAAGGUCCUAAGAGGUCAACAGGAACGUGAAUCAACCAAACCUAUCUGUGUGUGAGAGUGCUACAUGGCCUUUGGGAGCGCAGACAUCUCCGAAUGUGUUUCUGUGUUUCUCACCAACUCAAAGUUCCAUUUUAGGAGCACCAGUUGAGCGAAGCGGCCAAUCAAUGUCAUCUCUGGGUUCCAGUAGGUAUAAUUGAUGCAAUAUGCGGAAAAAGAGAGAGGAAAUUAACUUCCGCUGCUUGUAAAGUUACUCUUUAUUCACCGUCCCGGACAAAAUAGAAGAUCAACUUGUUUAGCUUUUUAUGUUGCUUUUUGCCUCCAUCAUUGUUACGAUUGAUUUUUUUGGGAUUCUCUCCUUGCUUAGAGAAUUAUUUCUGCAUUUCUUGUGACAUCCCCUCUCAAACGGACAGCCUAUUGGAACUUAAGAUAAGGUAGUAACCAAAGCAGUUGAUUGGCAUUGUGAGUCCAGCAGUGAAAUAAUCUUUAGUUAGUACACGCAGUCCCCAUCAAAGUUCCUAUACAAAAAAAGGUUUAUUGAACAUUUUCUGUCAUGGCCACCAGGGGGCUACUGCCCUGAAAAAGUCAAUUUGUUUACGUAGUGUUUAGCUUCAAUGUAGUUAUUUUAUGCUGUUGUUUCAGAAAAUACAUUUGUAUAUAUUGUUGUUAAUCCCAGGGAUGUGCUUACCUAGCAUCAUGCUCAAAAUGUGAUUAAAACCAAUGGAAUAUAAAUUCAACAGCUAGUUUUGUAGCUUUAUAUUUACCACUGGUUAGGCAAAGAACAGUUUAAAGCAAACUAUAAAAUACCUAACAUAACGAGGUGGGAGAACUGACUGACAUAUAUGGAAUAUAUCUCAUAAGCUAUAUCUAGACGCACUUGAUCUAACCAAAUGUCAUAGCAUGGAACCAAUCGAAGAUUGAUAUUGCUGAUGCAGUAUUGUAUUAAUAUUAAUGUGAAGCGAAUAACAUUUGUUGAUAUUUUGGUUCUGUUAAAUCAUGUAUUGACCAAACACACAAUAGCAUUACAAUACAUCAUAACUAUUGCCCUUUGAUACAAAAUAAUAGUGACAACUUCCAAUUUCAAGGCUUCCGAUGGCUGGUGUCCAAGAUUGCUGAAAUAUAUUUUCUAAACAAUGUUGGUGUUGGUUCUGCGUAAGGGCUAAACACUGUUCCAUAAUUUACAUUUUAUUUCUGCUGGACAGUGUUAUAGUAUUAAAAAGAAAAAGAGUACAUUAUCUGCUAGAUCGUUAACUAUUUAGCAAACUAUAUUUGUUUUGUUUGUGUUUUAUCGUUACCAUGUGAUCACACAUAAUGGACAAUAACGGGGAAAUGGUGGUUCUGUUUUGUGAAUUGGUGCACUUUAACGGUUUGAACUGUUAUUGUGCACUAAUGUGAAGGAGCAGCAAACACUCAGCAUGUUAUUUAUUUAUCAUAUUUUACAGAACAUGUCUUCUCUUUACUGUAACUUAACUCAGUCAUGACUUAAUUUGAGAAAUAAGUUCUAGUCGUCAAAUACAAGUUCUAGUCAAAGAUCAAAUUAAUCAAAUUCGAUUUCACAAGAUUUUACCGUGAUCGGUACAUAAAAAUAAUUGCAAAAUACUGAAUGUUUUUUGCAUUGUCCCAUACAAUCCAUUCUACCUCAGUGCAAUAAUCAAAGCGCUGCUGGUCAGUGAAUGUUCCCACAAACUGUACAUAAAUUGACAUUCUAUUUAGUUUAUAUUUGUUUUAUAAAGAUGCAUCUUAAGUUUAUUGCUAUACAGUUUUGUAGCAAGGUUUAUGAUCAAAAGUAAUUUAUUUUUUUAAAACCAUUGUUAAAUACAUUUUAUUUUUUACUGCUGCGUGCUGCGACUUUAGCAAAUCAUGGACACUUCUUUCAUCCUUAUUGUGCCUAACAUAACGCCCGAUUAAAAGUAUAAACGUGUGGUCUUUGUGGUUCCAAAUAAAAUCACUGCUGACAAAAAACUAAAUUAGGCCUACAUAAAAAACGAAUGGAUUUUUUUCUUCUACUUCAUCAGUAAAUCUAAGUCAAAGUUGUGACAAUAACAAUAAUAAGAAAAUCAUCAAUAACACAACGGUAGAAUUGUCAUGUAAUGAACGCAUUUGAUGGAGAGACCUAGUCGUGCGUCCUUUGCGACGUCACGCUCAGCAGGGGACCACAGAGGCUGCUCUGACGAAGGCGUUAUGUUAAUGUGGCGAAUCACCUCCUCGCGACAGCACACGCGUGUUGCCUAGCGCUUCGUUAAGACCGAUUUGCAUUAUCCUUGCUUUUUUGGCGGCUGAAACGACAAGGGAAACAGUGACAUGUCGAGCUUUGUCCUUACAUGUUAAGCCAACUAGCGUCUUAUCGUUCAUUGUUUGGUUGUUUCUUACCAUAUUAAGUGUCCUGAUUUUUUUUUUGCCCCAUAUAAUGUAUUGUUAUAAUUUCUAAGUGUAACCGUGAGAAAAUGUGCAAUAGGUUAAAGGACGACAUGCUUGAAAGUUAAUGGAAAACAAAACGAAA